AUGAAGGCAACAAUCUUGCUCGCCUCCCUUGCCAAAGCAGCCGUGCUUUGGGACGGUCGAUUCAACGACUUUUCAAGUAGCGCUGAUCUAAACAAAUGGUCAUGGGGAAACCAAGUCGGGCCCUACCAGUACUACAUUCACGGCUCGGGCACGGUGGACAAGUACAUCAACCUGGGGACCUCGUUCAAGAACCCCAACGACACGUCGUCCAAGCAAGGGGCCAAGUUCACACUCGACUCGACGGCGUACUGGAACGGGCAAAACAUGCGGCGCAUCGAGCUCAUCCCGCAGACGACGGCGGCCAUCAACAGCGGUAAAGUCUGGUACCACUUCUCCAUUAGCCGGUCCGACACCAAUGCCCCCAGCGUCAACCGCGAGCACCAGAUUUGCUUCUUUGAGAGCCACUUCACCGAGCUCAAGUACGGCUGGAUCAGCGGCGAGAGCGGCACCAGUGAUCCGUACUUGCAGUUCAUGAUUAGCCAGAACAGCAAGUGGAAGACGGAGUGGAAGGCUGGUGUCUGGCACAACGUUGCCUUUGAAAUUGACUUUUCCAAGAACACGGUCGGAUUCUGGCAUUCCGAGGGCGGCGCACCACUCACGCAGCUGGUGGCGCCGCAGUCGGCAUCAACGUCGUCCAACGGGGCAGACUGGCACCUGGGCGUCCUGGAGCUCCCUCGCUCGGGGUACAGUGAUGCCAAUGAGGACUUUUACUUUUCUGGCGUCUACAUUGAGAGCGGGUCUAUGACCACUUCGGUCAAUGGGCCGGCGGCUUAA